AUGGGAGACUUUGGCUUGCUCCUCUCUGGUUUCAAGGGUAGAACUAAUUGGAGUCUUAAAGAGAUAUUUUCUGAUAAUAUGACUUGUAAAGGUAUAUUUGCAUAUGAUAAUUUUCAACACCUAAAAGGCAUAGUUACACAAACUGCUUCUAUGGAGGAAUACAAGCUGAACAAUGAUUUUGUAAAAUCUAUUGUCCCCGAAGAUCCUUUGAUUCGCCAUUAUUUUAUUGCUGGAGUUUAUCUUCCUCAAAAAGGAUUUGUAGGGACUUUAUUCAGAGCUAAUCUAGUGGAAGUUGAUGAUUUUGGUUUGCUACUAACGGGAUUUAAGGGAGGCACUAGUGCUUCUAUUUUGCACGGGCUAUACACACAUGCUUAUGUGAGUUUAAAUGAAUUGGAACUACUAGGUGUUCUUCAGGGUUGUGAACCUAAGGAAUUGCGUAAGUCGCGACCUGAGAUUGUCUCUAGUUUCAGAGGUGGCACUUCUCUUAGUUUGAUGGAUGAUGAUGGUAUGCUCUUAACUAGUGUAAAUGGUGUCGCAAGUAAAGGCAAUUCUCUGAGCCCUUAA